UGUCCCCCCAAGGACAUUCACCCUGAAAAGGACUCAACUCCUGCUCCUGUUCGGAAAAAAACAAGGACAAACAACCUCCUCAUCAGCCAUGGACGCGCAGCAGCAGCAAAAAGUGCACAUCGAAAAGGCUCAGAACUUUAUGCGCCAGUACCGGGACCCGGAGUCGCGCGAGCUCAAGAAACUGUCCGCCAAUCAGUUUAUGGACGUCUGGUCCCAUUACGAUGGGGACGGAAACGGAUACAUCGAAGGUACGGAGCUGGACGGCUUCCUCAAAGAAUUCGUCUCCAGUGCGAACACAUCCGAUCUUGGACCGGAGAAAGCGUCACUGACAGACGAAAUGCUGGUGGAACUAAAAGCAUGCUUCAUGGAGGCGUACGACGACAACCAGGACGGAAAGAUUGACAUCCGAGAGCUCGCCCAACUUUUGCCAAUGGAAGAGAACUUUCUGCUGCUGUUCCGAUUCGACAACCCGCUCGAAUCGAGCGUGGAGUUUAUGAAGAUCUGGCGAGAAUACGAUUCGGACAACAGUGGGUACAUCGAGGCAGAUGAAUUGAAGAACUUCCUCCGUGACCUGCUCAAAGAAGCCAAGAAAAUCAACGACGUGUCCGAAGAUAAAUUAAUCGAGUACACCGACACAAUGCUCCGGGUGUUUGAUGCCAACAAGGACGGACGACUGCAGCUUUCGGAAAUGGCCAAAUUGCUCCCCGUGAAGGAAAACUUCCUCUGCCGGCAAGUGUUUAAGGAAGGCCGAAUAGACGAAGAAGGUGCAGCUAAACUCACAAAGGAUGAUAUUGAAAAAGUGUUUUCACUGUACGAUAGGGACAAUAAUGGUUCCAUUGAAAAUGAAGAACUUCGAGGUUUCCUAAAAGACUUGUUAGAGUUGGUGAAAAAGGACUACGACGCCCAGGACCUGAACGAGUUCGAGGAGACGAUCCUGCGGGGCGUCGGCUACGACAAGGAGGGCAAGAUCUCGCGCAAGGAGCUCACCAUGAUCUUGCUGGCUCUGGCCAAGCAGCCCCCAGAGGACGAGCAGUAAUAUGGGGAAUGUACCUCUCUCGUUUCGCACCACCACCAGCAGCAGCAACUCCAUCAAAAGCCCUCAACUUCUUCGUCCGUCCGUCGGCGUCUAUCCCGGUCUGCGUCGCUCGUUUCGAACUCGACGACGGCCCUGGUGAUGCACCCGAUCGCCAAGAUGCGGAUGUUGAUGGGGUUGGGCGGAAGUGGCCACCAGCAGCAAGAUGGCGGCCAUCAUGCCCAGAAGGAGUCGCAGCCGUUGCAGCAGAGUAAUCCACCAAUAGUAGAUGAAGUUGAAGUAGUUGCAGAAGAAGAAGAAGAGGAAGAAGCAGCAGCAGCAACAGCAACAGGUAGCAGUUCAGCAGAACAUCCAGAAGAGCAGCAGCAGCAGCAGAAGAAACUUUUGCCAGUAGUGGUAGUCCAUGAUCGGGUUCAGGACUUUUACCGCCGGAUCAUGCGACGGGGCAAGAAGUCGUAGAUAUUCGCUCUGCUCUGCGCUCGGAAGUAGUUAAUUUCGCGACAAAAAUAGAACACCAAAAAGCUCAUGUUUGAACAAUUCAAGUAAAACUUUUGGAGAAAGCUCCGUAGCUUAGAGGAAAUCACACCAAAUCCACAAAAAAUUCCGUAGAGUUUCAAAAUUCACGCAGAAAUUAAAACACAAAGCUGAACGGUACAGAAAAUUGGGGGAAAACAAAUUGACGAAUCGAUCGAGAAGGUAAAUCCAACGAAACUUAAUAAAAGAAACUCCUUUUUGGAUUUCAUUCCGAGAGCAAAUCCAAAAAGGGAUCGUAAAAAGAAGCACAAUUUAAUCCGUCUUAUGAAAUCAGAAAUCUUGGUGAAUUUCUCAAUUUACAUCGGAGAGCCCUCGGAUCGAACGACUCUGAUUCACCGCGAAAAUGUCAUACCUUUUUUAAAUUUUGCGACAAAAAUGUAAAUUUCUCAAAUUUUCCCUUAACUUUCUGCUCUAGAUCUGAUCUGAGCUUUGCUAUAAUCGAACAUCUAUACAAAAAUUGGUGCUUGUCACUUCUUUCUCUAUUGCACUAAUUAUAACUAUUGCAAAUACACAGCUAUCGGAAAAUUUCAAAAAACUUUCUUAAAAUCACGCAAUAAAUUAUCUAUUGUAGAUAGAAUCCUCAGACUAUAAACCACUCUUAAAUCUUUCUAUCUCAAAUACUCGUUAAAAAGGCAAACAAAACCAUUUUCAUACUCUUUUAGACAAAGCUAAAGAAAAUGUAGAAACAAGUAGAAAAUCCUUGAAAAUACACCUUUCUGCAGAAUUUCUUCAAACUUAGCGAAAAAAAAUCAACCGAAAUCCAACAAAUAUGAUAAAGCAAAGAAGAAGAAAAACUAACUGAUAAAGUGUAGUUUAGCGAAUAAAUUGAAUUGACGAAGCAAAACAACAUUUAAAUGUGGCCUAAGCUGAAACUACCCAGAUCAGUGGAAUUAAGCUGAUCUGGAAUUAAAAUUUAAAAGAAAAAACACUCAAGUUAGCGAAAAAACAAGCAAAUCUUCUGUUUCGCUGUGCUAGCGCAACCAAAUCGAACAAUAACUAGCGAAUCGGUUCAAUUCCAGCGUAUUUUUAAGCAAAUCUAAAUCGAAAUUGUUUCAAAGAUGACAAAGAAAAAUAUAAAUUCCCGUGCCAAAACAGAUUGAAAAAAAGAACUCAGAGUAAAGUAAUAAAUCGAACAAUUUAAGCAUCUUUUCCUGAAGCCCCCCUGAAAUCAAUAAAAAAAAUCGAUGUAAACUCGUGUCUAAGUUGCACCAGACCAGGCUGCUGAAACUCCUCAAAAGCUCUAUAACCACAACUGUUACUCGUUCCAAAACCUCAACCUCAAACUGUUGUCUCUUGUUGUUAGCUCUGAUGAAGAAGCAAAUCUUUAAGAUUAUAGGAGAGUUUCCGUACCUUUUUCAAUGGGAAAGAUAUCGAAAAAAAGAAGAAAUUGCAAGCUUUACCCUCAACCAGCUUUUACCCUUUAUCAAAUGUUCUUCUUGAAAACAAAAUAAAAAAAAUAACAAACGCAAAAUGAUAGUAGCAAAAAUAACUCGGUUUCACCCAAGUGUUGACAAAAGUUUCCGUUGAGCAGCUGUUGAACCUAAAGUAGAAAACAAAAAAAAAUCCGGCCGAUUAAACUCAAAAUAAGCUUGAAGCGCGCAUUGAAAGGAUUUGCGAGACGCGGAAAGAAAGAAAAGGCAUAGCUCACAUGUUCUAAAAACUAAAAACAUAAACACGCGAAGAAUGAACGAAAAGUCUCACAUACACAAAUGAAACCAACCAA